CGUUCUUUUGAAAUAUUGCGCUUUAAUGCGAAGGUCAUCUUUGAGGGCGACAUAAUUUUGAACUUCGAUUCUUUAAAUUUAAUAUCGGUAUGAAUGUAAAUGGUCAUUCGAAUCCUAAAAAGUUGAAGACAGAGAUGCCUUCUAAAGUCACUGUCGUAUUGGGGGCCCAAUGGGGCGAUGAAGGAAAAGGCAAAGUUGUGGACAUGCUUGCAUCUGGAAUGGAUAUAGUUUGCAGGUGUCAAGGUGGUAAUAAUGCAGGCCAUACUGUUGUAGUUGAAGGUAAUGAAUAUGAUCUUCACAUUUUGCCAAGUGGGGUUGUACACAAAAAAUGCAUUUCACUUAUUGGCAAUGGUGUAGUCAUCAAUUUACCCCAGUUCUUUGAAGAACUAAAGAAGAAUGAAGAUAAAGGGUUGGCUGACCUUGAAGGCCGAGUUUUCAUCUCAGAUAGAGCGCACAUAGUAUUUGAUUUUCAUCAAACUGUAGAUGGUCUUCAAGAACUGGAGAAAGGAAAUAAAAGUAUUGGGACCACUAAGAAGGGUAUUGGACCCACCUAUUCUUCAAAAGCCAGUCGUAGCGGCAUACGCCUGGCUGAUCUUCUCGGGGACUUCUCAGUCUUUGAGGAAAAGUUCAGAAAUCUCUUGAGAAGCUAUAUGAAUCAGCAUUCUAGUUUAAAUGUUGACAUUGAACAGGAAGUUAAGAAAUAUAAAGAAUAUGCUUCUGCUAUUGCCCCAUUUGUGACUGACACCGUUACUUACAUUCAUGAAGCUCUUGCCAAUGGGAAAAGGAUAUUGGUUGAAGGUGCUAAUGCAGCCCUUUUGGACAUUGACUUUGGUACCUACCCUUAUGUAACAUCAUCCAACUGCACAGUUGGAGGUGCUUGCACGGGCUUGGGAAUUCCACCAACAGUUAUAGGAGAAAUAUAUGGUGUUGUAAAAGCAUAUUCUACUAGAGUGGGUGAUGGACCAUUUCCUACAGAGCUUAUGGAUGGUUUGGGAGAAAUUUUACAAACCAGAGGACAUGAAAUCGGUGUGACAACAAAAAGAAAGCGCCGGUGUGGAUGGCUAGAUGUUGUUCUACUUCGCUAUUCUAAUAUGAUCAAUGGAUAUACUGCAGUUGCGGUUACUAAGCUCGAUAUUUUGGACACAUUUGCAGAAAUAAAAAUAGGAGUGGCUUACCGUUUAAAUAAUAAGAGGUUGCUUACACCUCCUUCUUGUGCGUCUGAACUUCAAAAGGUUGAAGUUGAGUACAUUGCUUUGCCUGGAUGGAACAGUUGCACUGAGAAAGUGAGAAAAUUUUCCGAUCUUCCUGAAAAUGCAAAGAAAUAUAUAUCAACAAUAGAAGAAUUAGCUGGGGUUAAAGUGAAAUGGAUUGGUGUUGGUAAAGAUCGUUCAUCGAUGAUAGAAGUUUUCUGAAGUUGCCCUUUCUACAGCUUGAAAUUUUUCUCAACAGCGAUUCCAAGUUUUACAAUUGGAAGCUAGAUGUUCAUCUUUGUUAGCGUGUCGUAAAUUGUGCUGAUGUGUUCGGCCAAUACUGUUCUGUUUUGUACCAUUUGUUCCUUCUGAGAUUAUUAUUUGAAGUUGAUGGUGAAUUUUUGCAUGAAGGAUUUCAAAUUUUAACAUUUUUAUGUCUUCUUGGCAUUGAAAAUUUACAAACAGUCUAUUUGGGAGAAAUGGUGUGCAAUCUCGUUUUAUUUUUUUAAUGUGUAGCAUUUUUCCAUAUUCUUAAUUUGUACAUAAUCCAACUGCAUUAUAAACUUAUUUUGUUAGAAUAUUAAAGAAUAGCUUUCUGUAGUUUUAAAGUUGUUCGGGUAGUUAAUUUUAAUUUAAACUUAUUUUGUAUUAUUUAAAAUUUGAAAAAGAUUUCUUAUAAUAUGAGAUCAUUGCAGAAUUUUAUAGUAUAAUUUAUGCUAUUUCAUGCCAUUCAGUACCCUGUUCUAGAAUUUUUAAUUUUUUUAAAAUAUAGGUGGAUUAGUAUUAUUUAAGCAUCUUUUAAUUUUAACUUUAAUAAAAAAAGAAUCUUAAAUAUUUAAUGUUAAAAAAUGAAUUAUCACUUACAAAUUGUUUAUUGAUUUGAUAAUUGCUAAAAUCUGGUGAGCUAAAUUAAAAAAACUGUUUUUAAAGCAUGCAAGUUAUAACAAAUAUUGUCAUCUUUCAAUAUUGAGGAUUUUCAGUAUUAAUGGCAUGUAUAAUAAAUAUAUGUAGCAAGUUUUUUUGUGUUAAAAAUUGGUAAACUUGAUUUUAUUUCAUUAAUAUAAAUAAUGAAGUUAUUUCCGUCUUUAUCUAUAUUUUAAUAUAAAUGUACUAUAAAAACUCCAUUUUUUUUCGGGGGAGAGAGGGGUUUAGACAUACUUCUGAAGUAUAUAAUAUCAAUAGAAUAUGAUUUUCACACUUUUGUGUCUUGUGCAAAGUUAAUUUGUGUUCAUUUAAUUAUUUCAUAAUAAAUAUUAAUUACUAAGUUAAACUGAAAGAUUGAAUAAUUUUUCCAUUAUUAUUUUAAAAUGACAAUUUUUUUAUGUAGCUCUAUUUUAGUUGCUGAAAGUUAUACUACUUUUGAAAUUUUGUUUUUCUAAAUUUUAAUUUAAAUAUGUAACCGAUAUUAUUUUUAAAAAAAUUCAUUUGUUUCUCAGAUUUUUAUUUCUUUUAUUUGAUACUGUAUUAAUUUCUUUUUAACUCAUUAAAGCUUCAAAAACCCGUCCAAUAAUUGUGCUCUUUUUUGCACAUAAUGGAAGUAUUGAUAUUUGCUUCAUAGUGAAGCUCUAUAAAACUUCAUAAUGAAGAAAAGAAAAAUCUUAAGCUUCACUUUGCAUUUUUAAUCAGGUAUAUCUUGUUUAAAACAUUUUAUUUCUAAACCUAAGCAUUUAGUUAUUUAUAAUAAUAGCGAGUUCUUAUGUUUUUAGAUGGCUGCUCACUUUUGGUUUAUUUCCAGUAUUGUUUAAAUGUAUUUCCAAUUUCAUGAGGCUUUUAUCAAUUUUGCUCUAUUUAAUUUUCAGAUUUUAUUUGAUAAUUCAUUUGUUAUUGCUUGUAAAUAUAUUGUACAAAAGACUGUUUGAAAAUAAGGUAUUUCUUGUUAAAGUUAAUAAUUAAAUAUAUGUAUCUUUUUUUUUUUGGCCUAAUUUAAACUUUGUUAUUAUUACAUUUGAUAUUAUUUUGUCUUUGUACCAUACAUUUGUGAUGCAAUUAACAGAAAAAAUAAUUUAAAGAUUUUAAAAUUAUUGAUUAUUCUAAAUUCCUAAAAUAUUACAUUUUUUUUUUUUUUUAAAGUAUUUUAAUACUCCCUACAUGUUACAAUA